GACCCGAGCGUUGUUGGCUGGGAAAUGGCGGCCGUGGGCUUGGUGUCUGUGGCAGUGGCUGCCGAGUACUCUGGCCCCGUAGCGUCCGGAGGUAACCUCUCCGGUGUUAACUGCAGCCCAAACUCCGGGGCAGCUCCUGGUCCUGGCCCGGGCUCGUGGAGCCGCUCCCUCGACCGAGCCCUGGAGGAGGCGGCGGUGACCGGGGUGCUGAGCCUGAGCGGCCGGAAACUGAGGGAGUUUCCCCGGGGAGCGGCCAACCACGACCUGACGGACACCACUCGGGCCGACCUGUCACGAAAUCGCCUCUCAGAAAUUCCUAUAGAAGCUUGUCACUUCGUUUCUCUUGAAAAUCUCAACUUGUACCAAAAUUGUAUUCGGUAUAUCCCAGAGGCAAUUCUAAACCUACAAGCCCUAACAUUCUUAAAUAUUAGUCGGAACCAGCUGUCAACAUUGCCAGUGCACUUGUGUAAUUUACCACUAAAAGUCUUAAUUGCUAGUAAUAACAAAUUGGUCUCACUUCCAGAAGAAAUUGGACAUCUUAGACAUUUGACAGAACUUGAUGUGAGCUGCAAUGAAAUUCAAACUAUACCUUCCCAAAUUGCUAAUCUGGAGGCCUUGAGAGACCUUAACGUAAGAAGAAAUCACUUAGUACAUUUGCCUGAAGAACUGGCAGAGUUGCCUUUGAUACGGUUAGACUUCUCAUGCAAUAAAAUUACAACAAUCCCUGUUUGUUAUCGGAAUCUCAGGCACCUACAGGUGAUCACCCUAGAUAACAAUCCACUGCAAUCACCUCCUGCACAGAUAUGUAUAAAAGGCAAAGUCCACAUAUUUAAAUACCUGAACAUACAAGCCUGUAAGAUGGCUCCAGAACUGCCAGAUUAUGAUAGGAGACCCUUGGGUUUUGGCUCCUGCCAUGAAGAACUGUACUCAGGUCGCCCUUAUGGAGCCCUUGAUUCAGGUUUCAAUAGUGUGGACAGUGGUGAUAAGAGAUGGUCAGGGAAUGAACCUGCAGAUGAAUUUUCAGAUCUGCCUCUUCGAGUAGCAGAGAUUACUAAAGAACAAAGACUACUAAGAGAAAGCCAGUACCAAGAGAAUCGCAACAGUUUAGUAGUAACAAAUGGUGGAGUGGAACAUGAUCUGGAUCAGAUUGACUACAUUGACAGCUGUACUGCAGAGGAAGAAGAAGACGAGGUGAGACACUCCAAGGGACUGGACUCAGACAGCCUGAGUUCACAGUUUAUGGCAUAUAUUGAACAGCGGCGAAUCUCUCAUGAGGGUUCACCGAUAAAGCCAGUAGCUAUUAGGGAGUUUCAAAAAACAGAAGACAUGAGAAGAUAUUCACAUCAAAACAGGGUUCCAGUUGAGCCAUCUUCUCUCUUGUCACUAUCACCAAGUCACAAUCAGUUACCACAUACAGACUUGGAACUUCAUCGGAGAAGAGAACAGUUAGUAGAGCGCACUCGAAGAGAGGCACAGCUUGCUGCCCUACAGUAUGAAGAAGAGAAAAUACGAACCAAGCAAAUUCAGAGAGAUGCUGUCCUGGACUUUGUCAAGCAAAAAGCAUCACAAAGUCCACAAAAACAACAACUCCACUUAGAUGGUGAGUGUCCCUUCCCAUCCAGAAGGUCUCAGCACACUGAUGAUAGUGCCUUGUUAGUGAGUGAUGACAGAUCUAAUGCUAUAUCAAGUUCACCUACAACAGAAACAGUUCAUCGUUCCCCUGCAUAUUCUUUUCCUGCUGCUAUCCAGAGAAAUCAACCCCAGCGCCCUGAAAGCUUCCUUUUCCGAGCAGCUGUCAGGGCAGAAACAAAUAAAGGUCAUAUAUCACCCCUUCUUCCAUCUUGUGCACCUCCCACUGAUUCUGCAGUUCCCAUUACAAGACAGAAUUCAAGACAUAGAGAAGAAGAGCUGGAAUUAAUUGAUCAACUACGGAAACAUAUUGAGUACCGGUUGAAAGUAUCUCUGCCAUGUGAUCUUGGAGCAGCUCUAACUGAUGGUGUUGUUCUUUGCCAUUUGGCCAAUCAUGUGCGGCCUCGGUCUGUCCCAAGCAUUCAUGUUCCUUCACCAGCUGUACCUAAAUUAACAAUGGCAAAAUGCAGGCGAAAUGUGGAGAAUUUCCUAGAAGCUUGCAAAAAAAUUGGUGUACCUCCGGAGCAAUUAUGUUUGCCUCUCCACAUUUUAGAAGAGAAAGGUUUGAGCCAGGUUGCAGUGACGGUCCAGGCUCUCCUGGAACUUGCCCCACCCAAGCAACAGCAGCACCAGUUAUCUGCUGUUUAAGGACUCCUGGGAACUUGGGCAUUGGCCUGGCCAAAAAAGGAACAGGACAACAUGAUUGCUGCUGCCAGCCGUCUGCUUAAACAAAGCUCGUACGUGUUCUUAGAAGGGACUGUUUUCAUGAUUCCUAACAGGAAUAUUUUGCUUCAUUUCUCCAUUUUAGGGGAGGUUAUACCCAUUUCCACUGAAUUUUUUUAUGAAUACGCUGUUGGUUUUCUCAAAUGAAACUUCUCUCGUUACUGAGAACCCAACACCAAAGUCUGAACUGGCUGUGAAUUCAUAGCUAGGCUUAUUUCACAGACCGGAAAGAACAUCUCAGAAGGAUGUUUAGCUCUCUUGAAAGCACAGGCAUGCUAUUACCUUUACCUGCUCUCAGACAGGUAAACCAAGUCCACUGGUUUCUAAACUGGUUAUUCAUUAGAAUCUCCUGGAGCAUUUGUUAAAAUUCAGAUUUGCAUUCAGUAGGUCUGGGGUGAGGCAUGGGAAUCUGCAUUUUCAACAAACAUUGCAGGUGUUUUUCAUGUAGUAGAGACCACUGUUCUAAGCUAGAUAUUUGUAUGUUUUUUGGGUAAUGCCCCACUGAAUUUUUCAGUCACGUUUAACAUCAAAAGCUAUAGUAUGAUGACUUGGACUAUUCUUUCAAAGUCAAAACAA